CUGCACCUGGCUGCACCAAUAUGGCCGCACGGUAUCGGCUGUCCGCAACGACGCGACUGUGAGACGGGGCUAUCCGCGGGGGGUUGCCCACCGAGGCAGGUCCAGGGAAAUAUGUCGGAUUACCUGAGGUCCGCGCUCGAGUACCUGAAUGGCGGCACCGGCGGCAACGAGUACGUCGGCCAGACGUUGGACAUCAACAAUGUGAAGCUGAGGGUGACGCGACUGAUCGCCGAGGGUGGAUGGGCAUUGGUGUUCGCGGUAGAAGAUGUCGCUACAGGAAAAGAAUAUGCACUUAAGAGGCUUAUCGCCACCGAUGAAGAUGCAAACAGAACCAUUAUACAGGAGAUAGAUACAUUGAAGAAACUGUCGAAUCACCCAAAUAUUAUACAGUUCUUGUAUGCUCAACGGCUGGAACGAGAGGAGCGUAAAGGAUAUGAGUAUCUGGUUGUCACCGAAUUGUGUCCUGGCGGUACGGUAGCCGAUAUACUAAGAAGUGUGUCCGUGAACACGCUGACUCUCGCUCAGGUGUGCAAGAUAGCCUAUCAAGCGACGCGUGCCGUUCAUCAUAUGCACAGUCAACAACCGGAACCCUUCGUGCAUCGCGACAUCAAGCUGGAGAACUUUUUGCUUGGGAGAGACGGCCUCGUGAAACUUUGUGACUUUGGCAGCGCCUCGACUCAGCAGAUACUACCUGAUCCGUCAUGGAAUGCUCAAAAACGUGCCACUCUAGAGGAUCAGAUGGCCAAGUAUACAACUCCCAUGUAUCGUGCCCCAGAAAUGAUGGAUACGUGGAACAAUGAGCCUAUAGGGCCUCCAGUGGACUGUUGGGCCUUAGGAUGUAUAUUGUAUUCUUUGAUUACAUUAAGGCAUCCUUUUCCUGAAGGUAACAAACUGGCAAUUGUGAACGGCAAGUAUCCACCAUUACCACCCAAUCCACGGUACGCGUGUCUGCAUGACUUGGUGAAGGGAUGUCUGCAAAUCUCACCUAUACAAAGGCUAACGACGGCUCAGCUCUUGGAACGUCUGGCGGCAAUCGCCGAGUCGAACGACUUCGAUCCUAGAGAACCGCCGCGGAUCGAAAUUGCGAUUAAGCCGUCACCACCUCCGCGUCCAACGUCACCGCCACUGUCGAAUCAAACGCCAACAUCAGUCCCUCGUACCACCGCGCCUGCAACGAUGCCGCCCCCAAGACCGGCGCCUGUACAGACGGCAAUGUCCAAGGUUCCUGCUACUCAGAGCACAACUGGCCUAUUCAACUCGCUGAGAGGCGGCGCCGGCAGCAUCCUGCGCAACUUGAAAGAUACCUCCAGCAAGGUGAUGCACACUGUUCAACAGAGUAUGGCCAGGACGGAACUGGACGCGAGUUAUCUGACGUCGCGCAUACUCAUUAUGCCGUAUCCGGCCGACGGAAUCGAAUCCACCUAUCGAGCUAAUCACGUGGAGGAUGUGAGAGCCUUCCUCAAUGCUAGGCAUCCGCCGCCUGCCAAGAUUCAGCUUUACAAUCUAUCUCGUGGCCGACCAAACGCCGCACGGCUUCCUGGUAGGCACAUAGAUUGCUCGUUCGCUUACGCCACUCCGGAAUCGAAUACGCCCAUGCUAUUCGCUCUAUACCAGAUCUGUCAAGAUAUCUAUCAAUAUCUGAAUGCUGAUGUCAAUCAUGUGGUCGUGCUAUACUGUACUGAUGGGUAUCGAGCAAGCGCCACAGUGGCAUGCACUCUGCUAAUUUAUUGCAGGGCCCUGACCACUGUCGAGGAGGCAAUCGCCCUAUUCACGACGAGACGUUGCCAGCCGCCGCAUAUACAACCCUCGGAAUUACGCAGUAUUAAUUACAUGAGUUUGCUCAGUGGCGGCCGGCCUCCGCACACGAAGCCGCUGGUCCUCCGUUCCGUUAUCAUACAGCCGGUGCCGUUGUUUACUAGAGCGAGAGACGGUUGCCGGCCGUACAUAGAGAUUUACAGUAAUGGUGCGCUAGUCUUCACAACGAAAAAAGGUUAUGAAGAGAUGAAAUUGUUCGGAAUGAUGGAGGGCAAGAUCUGCUUGAUUCUGGGAGAUGCGGCCGUGCGCGGUGACGUCACUCUAGUGAUAUACCACGCUAGGCAGCAGCUCGGCCGUGUGAUUGGUAUUAAAAUCGCUUCAGUGCACUUUCAUACAGGCUACGUACCCAUCACCGAGAGCGCCUUGACGUUUGAGAAAUGCGACUUGGACGAUGUUCCCGAGAUCGGUGGCAAGUUCCGGAUUGUACUGAAUGUCAUGAUAGGGGAAGAAAAUUCGAAACUAUCGAGGGUACCGUUGCCGUGGGAAGCGGAGACGUGUGUCAAGCCUGUGCCGGAGCCGUUGUUUGGUUCAACGUUAGAAAUGGAAGAAACUUUAGAGAACUUCAGGACAGCUUCUCACCAGGAAGAGACACAGAAAGUAUCGUCGAACGAAACUGACAAGAUCUCGCAACACGAAGCGGUACCUCAACAGCCGGAACAGCCGAAGGAAGAAGAGCCAACCAAAAUCGAAGAAAGCAGUUUUCAGGAGGCUGACUUGUUAAAUCUCGGCAUGCUGGACAAUACCAAUAAUACCUCAAAUACUCCCGCUGCCGCGGCGGCAAAUCCAGGAUUAGAUAUCUUUUCUAGUUCUAGUCAGAAUGAAAGCGAUCUCUUAGGUGGUUUCGGCGUGUCGGCACCGAAAGCCGAAACCGCCAAUUCGACACCCUUAAUUAACAAUAAGGCCUCGAAUGAUUUACUGUUCGGACAUAAUUCCGCGACAAGGAGCAAUCAUAUUCCCAGUAACAAUAAUCUGAAUAUGAACGAUCUGUUAUUCGGACAGAAUCAGACAGCAUCGAAUAACGUUAAACAAGUCAAUGAUCUGAUGUUUGAUCCUCUGGGUGGAGACGCAGCGAACAAUCUCUUGGGCGGUUUCGUGGCGGGGAAACCGAACACCACUAAGGCUCCGAAUCCCGAGGAAAAUUUCCCGCGAAAUGCCAGCGUUCCGAACUUUGCAGCCCAAGCUAACAAAGAUCCGUUUGCCAAUCUGGCCGGAUCGUUGGGCGCCGGUCUCGCGGGCAGUUGGAAUGGCACGCCGAGAAAUUCGAAUACCCCGCAGUCCUCGAGUCCAGCACCCGCAAGUACGCCGAUCCAUUCUAGCCCAAAUACAAUACACAAAGCCAGCGCGACGGUCAAUGAGGCCAAUAGUAUGAACAGCGGCGCUUCGGAUGUGCUCAGCGGUAAAGCGAAGGAAAAAACGAGUGGCGAUGCAUUUGAAGAUUUGCUCGGUAGCCAGGGUUAUAAUUUCUUCAGUUCGCGAAAGGCGGAGAAGGACAGUCCGAAGACAAUAAAUCAGAUGCGAAAGGUGGAAGCGGCUAAAUCAAUGGAUCCCGAUAGAAUGAAAAUCGCUGAAUGGACAGAGGGCAAGAAAGGAAAUUUGCGGGCCCUGCUCUGUUCGAUGCACACAGUCCUGUGGCCGGAGGCUGACAGGUGGCAGCGUUGCGAAAUGCAUCAACUGGUCACGGCUGCGGAUGUCAAGAAAGCUUAUAGGAAAGCUUGUUUAGCUGUGCAUCCGGACAAGCAAACGGGCACAGCAAAUGAGAAUAUAGCAAAGUUGAUUUUCAUGGAGCUGAACAAUGCGUGGAGCACGUUCGAGAACGAUGCGUCACAGCAGAACCUAUUUAGCUAAUUUUAAUAAUCGUUAUCUGUUAUCGAGAACCUGUCUCUGUAAUUAAUUUAGUUCCUAGCGGAAGGGGAGCUAAGGAUGGGGCGGAAAUCUCGUUAUCCGUGAGAUAACUGCAUCCAUGUAACUACAUUCCGAUUACGUUAUUUUAGCUGUAGAGAGAAAGAGUGGGUGCGAAAGAGCGAGGGAACGAGAGAGAAAGUAAAGUCUUCAGAGGUGACAGCGAGUUCGGCGAAGCUAUGCUUCGGGACACGUCUCCUUAUUAUUUCAACGCCUUGUAAACCUAGUUAAAAUGUCUCCAAUUAAGGCAGUGCGGCGUAACGUAUAUAUGUAUAUAAUGCAAAUGUACAUUAAAAAGAGGAUCCCAAAUAUACGAAGCUAUUUUCCGGCCGAAAGUA